AUAAUAUAUUGUGCCUCCCACAUUACCUGAUACUGUAUACUGUACUGUGCCCCUCACACCUCUGCUCUGCAAUGAACCACUACAUUUUCUGACAUCACAGUGUUCUGUUCCCCCACAUUACCUGAUAUACACUGCUCAAAAAAAUAUAGGGAACACUUAAACAACACAAUGUAACUCCAAGUCAAUGACACUUCUGUGAAAUCCCACUGUCCACUCAGGACGCAACGCUGAUUGACAAUCAAUUUCACAUGCUGUUGUGCAAAUGGAACAGAUAACAGGUGGAAAUUAUAGGCAAUUAGCAAGACACCCCCAAUAAAGGAGUGGUUGUGCAGGUGGUGACCACAGACCACUUCUCAGUCCCUAUGCUUCAUGGCUGAUGUUUUAGUCACUUUUGAAUGCUGGCGGUGCUUUCACUCUAGUGGUAGCAUAAGACAGUCUACAACCCACACAAGUGGCUCAGGUAGUGCAGCUCAUCCAGGAUGGCACAUCAAUGUGAGCUGUGGCAAGAAGUUUUGCUGUGUCUGUCAGCGUAGUGUGCAGAGCAUGGAGGCGCUACCAGGAGACAGGUAUUUCAGCAGAAUGCCCAGGCAUGCAGGCUUAACCCUUGGUGUCGCCUCUCUGGUGGGUACUACAGUAGGAUGCCUCAUUUUGUGGAAGCUUAUUAAACACCGAAGGCGGCAUCUGUAUACUAAUGUUGAUCAGAAGGACUUGUGUACUGGAUUGACCGCAGAAGUCAAAGACUCAGAUCACAGUGUACAGCAACCUUUUGAAAAAGAGUGCACUCUGUUUUCAGUGGAGAAAAUCCUACAGGCUGAAGUGAAGAUUGUCUCUAAGGCUGAAGAAUGGGAUAUGGUGUGGCCUUUAUUACAGAAAGAUCUUGAUGUGUACCCGGUACUUGGCAUGGACUGUGAGUGGGUAUCUGUAGAUGGGAGAACAAACCCCAUCUCCCUGCUACAGAUGGCCUCCCACAGUGGCCUAUGUGUCCUGGUUCGUUUGCCCCGAUUGGCCAGCACUGUCUGCAACAUUCCCAAGACCCUAAUAACUCUACUGGCUAACAGCAGUGUUCUUAAAGUUGGUGUAGGUUGUUGGGAAGAUGCCUCUAAGUUAAUAAAUGACUACGGCCUGUCUGUGAAGGGCAUUGUUGAUAUACGCUACCUGGCAAUGAGACAUAGGAGGGACAUUUUUCAGAACAGCCUAAGUCUUAAAACUCUGUCUGAAACAAUCCUGUGCUUUCCUCUGGACAAAUCUUUCCAGCUUCGAUGUAGUAACUGGGAUGCUGAUGAAUUCACACAGGACCAAGUUUUUUAUGCUGCCAGAGAUGCCCAGGUUUCUCUUGCCCUAUUCUUACAAUUACUUGGGUUCUUCACUUCUAAGCCUCCCACAGCAUGGGAAUAUUUUCUGGGUAAAUGCCAAGGACUGAUUGAUGUUCCGUUUAAAGGAAAGGGUGUCAUAAAUGUUCAAAAACGAAGGGAAGGUCCUUUAGAACAAUUGUCAUGUAAUGCCCAGGGUGAUCCUCGCAGACACAAGAAGAAACCUCUGGGAGUAGGGUAUUCAGUGAGGAAGUCACCACUGUACGAUAACUGUUUCCUGCAUGCUCCUGAUGGACAGCCUUUGUGUACUUGUGAUAGGAAGAAAGCCCAGUGGUAUCUCGAUAAAGGCAUUGGAGACUUGAUCAGCAAUGAUCCAUUUGUAGUGAAACUACGUUUUGAGCCUUCUGGUCGACCUGAGUCAAGUGUGGACUACUACCUAACUGUGAAGGAAAAUCUGUGUGUGGUUUGUGGAAAGCGUGAGUCCUAUAUCCGGAAAAACAUUGUGCCUCAUGAAUACAGACGUCAUUUUCCUAUUCAAAUGAAGGACCAUAAUUCCCAUGAUGUGCUACUUCUCUGCACAUCUUGCCAUGCUGUCUCAAAUUGUUAUGAUAAUGGCUUCAAACAGCAACUAGCAAUGGAGUUCUCUGCCCCCAUUGGCUGUGAGGAGGGGGUGCGCAUGUUGGAGGAUCCUAUAAGGAGGCAGGUGCGUUCAGCAGCAAGAGCUCUUCUCAAUGCAUUGAAGUUACCAGAGAGCCGUAGAGAAGAACUGAUGUCUGAGAUCAAAGCAUUUUACUCUAUUGAUGAAGUUACUGAGGGGAUCCUAAAGGAAGCUGCAAAUCUGGAGACCCGAAUCUUCAAUGAGACUUAUACUCCACAUGGACUGAAAAUCGUGCAGUGCUAUGCAAAGGGUGGCCUGAAAUCCCUAAUGGAAUUGGAGAAACGCUGGCGCCAACACUUUCUGGACAAGAUGUCACCGAAAUUUCUUCCAAAGCAGUGGUCUGUUGAUCAUAAUCAUAGUAAACUUAUUAAAAAAUAUGGAGAAGAUCUGCCUAUUCAGCUUGGUUAGAAGAUCUGACUAUGGACAGUUCACAUUAUCUGGACACAAACUCUUUGCCAUAAUCCUUCUGACCAUAGGAUGGGCAACACUUGGACCUUUUGUUUACAACAAGCCUGAUGCUGUGCUGACAAGACUGACAAAAUGUUCACACUGCUAGCAAUGAUUGGCAGUAGUAACAUUGCCUGAUUUUGAAAUGGUGCCCCACUUUUGCUGGGUAAAUGUUUUAAAAGAAACAAAACUGUUUUGGCUUCAAAGCCAAGCAUGAAUUCAUACUGUGAAGCUUAACUAUAACUAAAGGACACUUCUUUUACCUUCAGUGAUGGCAUCCAGCUGGCAUGUUGAGUGCUAUGUUAACCUAUUUUGUUAGAGAACUAUUCCUAUUAAUUGUGUGAUGUCUCAGACAACCCUUGUUUUCUGAUUUUAGCUUAACAUCGGUGGAUCAUAUUUAAAAACUGGUGCAGUUAAAAGCUUUGAUAUUUCUCAUAGCAACCUAUCCUAUUAAGUUAGUGUGCAAGUGGAGGUUAGGAAAUGAAAGCAAGCAGAUGGUUGCAUUGGAUAAUAUCAAAGUUUAUUCUGCACUAGGGUUUGUAUGUCUUACACCCUCUUAAAUGAUGUGCCUACUUAUGCAUUGGCUUGUAUUAAGGCCACUGUAGUCAUUUUAAUGACUAUCUUUAUCCAGGCAUUCUAGUUUCUAAUGUUGGCUGAAGACAACACACUUCUAAUUGUAAUGCCUUUAUUUAAUUUUUUUUGGAGUUAGUUUCUCUUUAAGGUCAGGGUUUUUUUCCCUACAGUUAAAAUAAAAAAUAAAAAAACAAAAAUAUGUUCCAUACUGCAAAGCAUUAGACAGGAUUGCCUGUUUGUUGCGCAUUUCCCUAUUUAUUUUUUAAUUCUCCCAUGUGACUUAUUUGUUUGUGUGGAGAAAUAUGAUUUUCUUAAAUCACUGUAUUUGAAAAGCAUAAAGUGUUUAAUAUUAGCUGCUAGCGUUGUGUCAUUAU